ACCAGCGAUUGUCGCACUGCUGUCGAAGUAAAUGCUCACCUCCCUGCAAGAGGCUCUACCGCCAUCUUAAUAGCAGCCGUUUCUGCCUGAAAACCACUACAGAUUGAGGUGGAGCUCCUUACAGAAAACUUCCCCUUCAACCUUUUCUCCUAGCAUCAACCCAUCCUUGAAAAAGCUCACUGCGCCUUUUCCGCCUCCACGAGUAGCCUCUGCGACGUAGUUAUCCAAGUUUUCAGGAAAUCAGUUGAAGGAGGAGAGAAUUUCGGCUUGUGCUUGUUCAGACAUCUUCAUAUAUCUUUCCCUGAGCCGAAGAGUACAUUUAGCAAAAAGAAAAAUUUUGUAAUUUUGCAACAGAUUUGGUAGGCAUUUUGGUACCAACAGAUUUUCUCAACUGGCAACUCUGUUCCCACUACGAUUAGAGUCAACAACAUGUGUUUGCCGAUAGAAAACAUCAAGUCGCCUACUAGGCAAUAUGAGCACAUAAGUCACAGCCGGUGAGACAUAGGAGUCAGUUGGUUUUUUGCAGUGUUUCUCAUUGGUUGUGCGGUAGCGAAAUAUCGUGAGUGCGGUUCGCAACAUAAAAUUGUCGAAAAUUCUUUAAAACCGACAAGACAAAAAAGACGUACCUAUAUACACGCCUAUACAUACAUACAUAAAUAGAUAGAAAGAUAUGUAUCUGGCGUCAACAUAGCGAAUUCAUUAAUUAAGAAUUGUCUAUUGAUACCACAAUUGACAUUAUAAAAUUAAAUAACGAACAUUUUUCACAAUUUGCUAUAUCGUUUUAUGAUAAUUACUCACAAAAUAAAUAAAUAUAUUUGAUGUGAACCCUCUAAAAAGGCGCCACUUGUGUAUAUUGUGCGAAAUUCAGGCCACAAAAUAUAAAAAAUAAAUUAAAAAAAAAAAAAAACUAAGCCAAAAACACAGAAGCAAGAAAACAAUUAAAAACCAAAAAAAAAAGAAAAUAAAUAAAUAAAAAACACAAAUACGAAAAAAAAUAGUGAAAAACAAAAGCAAUAAAAAGUGACAAUGUGGCGAAAGACGUCAGCAAAAACUUCAGUGCGCACUAAUUGUAGAACGAAAUUUUAGAAAGAUACCCGCGAUAUACUAACUAAUAAUAAAGACAAAUAUAAAUCAGCCUGAAGUGAAUUCAUUUAUUUUUUUUGUGUGUUGCUGCUUCAGUUAUAAUUGCACAUUUGAGCAUAUCAGUUUGGCCACACCACUUAUACCUAAAUAUAUAUUUUCAAAAUAAUAAUAUCCAGAAUAAUCCAGUAAAUUAUGUCCAACAACCCAACAAUAACAACGAACGGUAAUGAAGAAUGUAAUUGCGCUGAAAUCAGUUCGCCUGUGCCACCAGUGACACAAACAAAUGAACAUGCCUCCACAUGCACACUGCGUGGCGAUGGACUCUUCAUGAAAAUGCGGCUGAACUCAAUAACAUCAAUCGAUAAUCCGGACAAACCGCAAGCAACACCUAAUGGCAAAUUGGAGACACCGCCAAUAAAGCGUAACAUUAGUGAUGGAAACCUGCUGGCAACCGAAAUAAAAGAGGCCCGUGUGCGUGUCAUUUAUACGGGCGGCACAAUUGGUAUGGUGCGAAACGAAAACAACGUUCUAGCGCCCAUCCCCAAUGCCCUGGUGAAAACGCUGCGCAGAUACCCGAACAUACAUGACGAAGCUUAUGCGCAGAAACGCUUUGGCUCGGCAGCGUCGAUGGGACCACUUGUACUGCCAUUUGUGCAAGGUGAGAAGCGGCGCAUUGUCUAUCAAGUGACCGAAUAUGCGCCACUCUUGGACUCGAGCAAUAUGACAAUGAACGAUUGGGCGCGCAUUGCCAAGGACAUACAUCAAUCCUAUGAAUUCUUUGAUGGGUUCGUCAUACUCCACGGCACCGAUACGCUUUCCUACACCGCUUCGGCGCUGUCAUUUAUGUUGGAGAAUCUUGGCAAAACUGUCAUCAUUACCGGUUCCCAGAUACCUAUUUUCGAGACGCGCACCGACGGUAAAGACAAUUUCACAUCCGCCUUAAUAAUUGCCGGUAACUAUGUUUUACCGGAGGUGUGCGUCUUCUUCGGCCAUAAGCUGAUGCGUGGUAAUCGCACAGUAAAGGUGAGCUCCGAUCGUUUGGAGGCGUUCGACACACCAAAUGUUUCACCUUUAGGCACGAUCGGUAUAAAUGUCGAAAUCGAUUAUCGAUUAAUUUUUCGGCCAUGCACGGUCUCACGGUUUUCGGUGCAAACGAAUUUGGAUGAGAAUGUCGGCAUCUUGCGUAUAUUUCCGAGUAUUUCAAGAUCGUCCAUACGCGCAUUCCUUGCGCCACCCAUGAAAGGUGUAGUGCUGCAAUCGUUUGGCUCCGGUAAUGUGCCCUCGAAUCGCAAAGAUUUUCUCGAUGAACUUAAGAUGGCUUGCGAUCGUGGUGUAAUAAUUAUAAAUUGUACACAAUGUUCUAAUGGUGCCGUAGCGGCGCUAUAUGACACGGGGAAGGUGUUAUUCGAUAUUGGCAUAUUACCGGGCUAUGAUAUGACACCUGAAGCGGCGUUAACGAAACUUUCAUAUGUGUUGGGCAAAACGGGCUUAACGCUAGAGCAACGGAAGGAGCUUAUGCAAAUCAAUCUUCGCGGUGAAUUGACUUCGUCGGUUGGUGCCAAAAUGGAAGAAUUCGAUUUGGUGGAUGCGGUUGCCCGCUCUAUGCAUUUAUCUACACCCGAGGAGCUGGGUCAAAUGUGUGCCACACUAUUCCCAGCUAUGAUAAACACAGCCGUACAGGAGGGUGACAUAACUAAGAUCACCAAUCUUAAAGCCUACGGUGCAGAUUUAUCCUGCGUAAAUCACGAUCAUCGCACUGCGCUGCAUCUCGCCUGUAACCAGGGCAACAUUGCGAUUGUAAAUCAUUUGCUUAUGAAUGGUGUAUCCGUUCACAUUCGCGAUCAUUACGACCGCACACCUUUACUUGAGGCGAUCUCGGGUGAUCAUCACGAAAUCAUACAAAUACUUAUAAAUUGUGGUGCUCAUCUAACUGGUUCAUCACGUGCAAUCGGUGAACAAUUAUGCGCUGCUGCAGCACGAGGCUCGUUGGUGCGCCUGAAAUCCUAUCAAUUGGCCGGUGCAGAUUUAGCUCAACCCGAUCCUUCCGGGCGCACAGCUCUGCAUUUGGCCGCUUUGCAUGGCCAUGCGAAUUUGGUACUAUUUCUUUUAAAUAUUGUUGAUAAUCCAAGGGAAAAGGAUAUGCUAGAAUUAACACCCUUGGAUUAUGCUAGGAGAGGUGGUCAACAGGAUGUAAUUCAAAUACUGAGUGGUCGUGAACAAAAAGCGUAAAUAAAUGGAGGACAGUAAAAUAUUAGUAGCCUAUUGUAUAUUAUUUACCUUAAUUAUUUAAAACAUAUACUGUCAACUCGCUAAGAUGCUAGUAUAUAUUAUAAAUUAUUAGAAAAUAAUUAUAGUGCAAUGUACAGUUAGGCCUAAACUAAGCUUUUCCCCAAUUACCAAUGAUAGAUUUAUUAUAAAUUUUUGGGUUUUUGAAAUAAUA